AUGGCAACGACCAUAACAACGACCAUUGAGCUGCAGACCUUUGAGCCAAAAUCGGACCACGUCACGAUCAACAGUUCUCCCCUUCCCGUCUCCUCUCCUCGAGCAAUAUUCGUCGUCGCUCAAUUGAUCGGCCUGCAGUUGUUUUCCAGCUUCUGCAACGGCAUCGCCGUGGUCGGCCUGCCCGCGAUCAUCGACGAGGUCAAGUUGGACUCGGGCCUGCUCCUCUGGCCCACUUCCGUCUUCUACCUAACGGCUGGUUCCUGUUUGAUGCUCGCGGGAUCGAUCGCAGAUGUUGUGGGUACGCGGCCUAUGAUUCUAGCGGCGAACAUGCUGCUCAUUGCGAGUGCGUUUGCCUGCGGCGCGGCGCGGUCUGGAGGCGAACUCAUCGCGUUCCGUGGCCUGCAGGGUGUUUCAUUCGCCAUGGCGGUCCCGGCGUCGGUUUCGAUCAUCUCGACCAACAUUGCAUAUGGACGGCCGCGGAACCUGGGCUUUUCUUGUCUUGGAUUCUCAAGUCCGCUCGGGUUCUUGAUGGGUCUCGUUCUGGGCGGUGUCAUGGUGGACAGUGUCGGAUGGCGUCCAGCAUUCUACCUUGCUGGAGCUACUACUGCUGCGUUGGGUGUGUUUGGCUUCUGGGCUUUGCCAAAGGAUCCUCAGCCCAGGCCCAUCCGCACGGUGUUCAAACAACUAGCUUUGGACAUUGACUGGGUGGGGACGGGGAUCCUCAGUGCUGGAAUCACCAUUCUGUCAUACGUUCUGGCAAUGCUCUCAUCUGAUAUCAACAACAUCCGCCAUGCUACCUAUAUUGCGCUGUUGGUCAUCAGUGUUGCCACCAUCCCAGUUUUCAUCUGGUGGAUGAACCAUCAAGUGAAGCACAGCAGUCCAGCAGUGAUGCCGAACGCACUCUGGCGCAACGCCAGCUUCACCAGCGUUUGCAUCAUGGUCAUGCUUUCCAACGCAGUCAGCAAUAAUAUGGAAUUGUUCUGCAGCCUGUUCUUCCAGCAAGUCCAAGGUCUCUCAGCACUGGAAGCAUCGAUUCGUAUCCUUCCAGCCCUCGUCACAGCGGUGCUCAUCAACAUUUCGGUUGGCUAUUUCGUGAAUCGACUGCCGGUCAUGUUGGUCGUAUUAAUUACCGCCGCGAUCGCCUCCCUAUCGCCUCUUCUCAUGGCUGUCAUCAAACCUGAAUGGCCAUACUGGUAUAUGGCGUUUCCUGCACAAGUCUUCCUGCAAGUCUGCACCAACACCCUCUUCACUGUCGGUCUGCUCAUCAUCUCUUCCGUCUUCCCCUCCCGCACCCAGGCCCUGGGCGGCGCAGUCUUCAAUACCUGCGCGCAACUAGGCACCUCGAUUGGAUUGACCAUUACUCAAGUUAUCACGGAAUCCGUCACGGCCAAGUCGGACGAAGUCGACAAGUCAUCCCCUAAAGCCUUGAUGGAUGGCUAUCGCGCUGUGUUCUGGACUCUGUUCGCUAUGAUGCUUGUGGUAUUUGUUUCAGGUGCACUGGGAUUGCGUCGGGUGGGCAAGAUUGGCGUCAAACAGGAUUGA